UCUGUGAUAUCAAUAUAGUGAGGCAUGGCAAACUGGCCAGGCUGCAUGUGCACUGGGAAAGGCCGUGUGGGUUGCUCUGCCUUGGGAAAAGGAAAGCGCCUUUGUGGGAUUGACUUUGCUCAGGGACCAAGGUGCACAUGGUGCAGGAGAAAGUGGAAAUCUGCUGUGUACCUCAAGGAGAUUUAUCCCUGGGGGAAAAUAAUCCAUUAUUUGACUUGUGUGGGGUAGGAAGGAGUACAGAAGGAAUCAUCUGAACCAACAGAGAAUGAGCCUCACAAGGAGCCGUGUGAGGGCACUGCUGACCCACCACAAGUGCUCUUUGUGCUCAACAAUCCAACGUGGUGCUUCUCCUGUCCUGAGUGAUCUCCUUGACAGAUAGGACCAAAGUAAUUGACUGUUUGUGUGGAAAUUUGGGGGAGGGGGAGCAUAGAAUGGGGGGAUAAUAUCUGCAUGUAUGUCAAAGGACAAGGUAUAGUGGUUAUAGAGGAUGUAUAAACCUGACUAUUGGAUGUAAAGGUGGUUUAAGUAAACAGUAUGUGUUGUAAGUGUUGGUAGGAAGGAAAGAGAAAUAGAUGGAAUGACAACAUUUGAGUAGGGUAUAGAAAUGAAGCAAUGUAUGAAUGGGACAGAGGAUGCUUUGAUACCUCAGAUCACACAUGGUGUGAAUGGUGGGGAACAAGGGGUUGAGAUUGUACUGGGUUUGGCUGGCAUGGAGUUAACUUUCUCCCUGGCAGCCCUUGUGGUGCUGUGCUUUGCAUUUGUGGCUAAGACAGUGUUGAUGCUACACCAUUUUUUUGGCUGCUGUGGAACAGUGUUUGCUUUCUCUCAUGGCUUUCUCCUCCUCCUCAGUCCCUCCCAGACAACAGGGAGGGGACACAGUGGUGACAGCUGACCUGAACUGACCAAAGGGAUAUUCCAUAUUCCACACCUCAGCAUUAAAAGCUUGGUAAAAGGAGGAGGAAGGGCAGUUGUUCCUGGUUAUGGUGGUCUUCCCAAGCAGCUGUUGUGCAUGUUGAGGUAUAGCUGGAAGUAGCUGGAGAUCUGCCUGCUGAUGGGAAGCAGGGAAAGAAUUCCCAUUUUUCUUUACUUGCACACGCAGCUUUCCUUUCCCUAUCAAGCUAUCCUUAUCUCAAUGCAUAAGUCUAACCUUCCUUUUAUUUUUUCCCCAUUCAGCAGGAAAGGAGUGAGAGGAAGUCAGGGUGGGUGUUUGGCUGUUGGUUGGGGUCAGUCUGUCACAAGGGCAUAUCUUAUCCAUGAUCCAUGGGCAUGUGCAGGCUAUACUUGUGGACAUGGACUGACCUGAUGGUGUUUCUAACACAGGGGGAAGCCUCCACAUUUGAGAUCUCAGAAUACCAAGAUAAUUACUAAACUGUGUGAACUUCUUGUUAAAAAAAUCUAAUUCAGUUUUGAAAAGCUUUAAAACUACUUAUUUCUCUCAUUAGCUUGCUGUGGAAUUGGAUUAUUAGAAGUAAUACCUGUGUUUUCCCUGGCUGUCUGCUCCAACUGUUUAAUUCAAAGGGAAGGUAAUUGAAAUGAUCAUAACCCAAAUGUGCUGCAAGAGAACAGUCACUGAUGUUAUAAAAGCCUUACUGUAAUCCACUUACUCUAAGUGGAUUUGCAAGCCUGUUGUGACUUGGAGUUGUUCCUUUUGGUACCGCUUCAAACCUACAAAGUGAAGUAAGCGAGCCCCGAUAUUAGAAGAACCAGACAAGUCAAACCUGCCCUGUCCUCUGCUUGCAACCUUUCAGGCAAGUCAGACAAAGGCUGGAUGAUGGAGGAAAUCAGAGUGGCUCACAGUUUUGCAACCAAGCACAGUGCAGAUGGGAACUCUACAAGGAUCUCAGGUCAGCAUACGAGGAAACAACUCUGCGUUUGAAUAAAGAUUUAUUUUUCCAUUGUAGUGCCACUGCAAUAGUCAAGUGAGGUAAUUUUGUGUCCCAGCAGGGUUUUUCAAUAAUCAGAUGCUACACAAAUGUAAAAUGUUAGUGAAACAUAGAAAUUCAAAACUUCUCCUAUCCUUCCACCAGUAGAAUGAAAAUUAUUUGAGAAUUGAUCAGAGUAAAGGCAGCUUGUAAUGUCUCCUUUUCUGGCUCUUGAUCCUUUUGCAAGAAUGUUCUCAAGCAUUUUCAUAUAGCCACAAAAAUGAGGAACAUAACUAAGAAAAAAAAGGAGAGAAGAUAUUUUACUUUUUAACACAGUGAAAAGUGAUAAAAUCUGAAAAAAUCCUUUUAACUCAUAAUAUUCCUAUAAUGCAGGAGUUGGCCACAGUGACUUAGGUGGUGUGGUUCUGUUAGCACAGGGACUAGACACAGGGGAUCUGCUUUCUCCAAAGUAUGUCCCUUUUCAGCUGUAGCCUGGUUGUAGUAGUAUAUGGACCUUGGUUUCUAUUAUCAUGGUGCUAUCCUGUGGGAUCAGAUUUACAAAAUACUUUCUCUAAUUAUUUUGCCAAAGCUUUCCUGGUGUUUGGUUAGAAACGUUUCUGUGAAACGCACCUGCGUUAACAUAAGUGAUCAGAAAAAAACAUUUUCUAGUAGUUAUAAUUGUUCAUAUGAUUUCCUCAGUGUGUUGGGUGGAUGGAGGGAAGCACCUUUGUUCCUAAUUCUGGUACUUGCUAGGAUCUCUGAUUUCACUAAAUUCACAGGUAAAGUAUAUAUUUAAUGUCUUUAAUAGGAGUAUAAAGUAACAAAGUUCAGUUAACUAAAAGGUGCCUUUUGUUAUUAACACAACUUUACAAGGAGUCUAGCCCUAACAUUGAAUGAAUACAGUUAAUAUGUUUGGUAUGGAAGAUAAAGUUGUGCUCAAAUAAUCUGUAACACUGCCAACAUUGUUCUGUUGACAAAAGGUUUAUGUGACUAUUUGGGUGCAAAAAUGUUCCUUCUUUAUGAUGGUGACUCACUUUCUUGCCUGGGAGCAUGUACAUCCCUUAAAAAUUGAUGUAAUGAGGAUUGCUAAAUAGUGCUUGUUCACCUAUAUUGCUAACUGGAUACUUGCUGACCACAGGCUCGCUGCUCUCCUUGCAGUGCCAUCCUUUUCUUGGAUUUAUAACAAAGCAGUUAAUGAAAAUUCAUUUCCAAAUAUUUGGAAGCAUGAUUUAUUUAUUCCUGUAUUUAAGGUAUUCAAAAUCACUACAGCCCUUUCCCUUUGCCCCUUCUUUUGUCAGUGAUGGUUUUUCCACUUUAGUUUGGCAAGUGAUGUAUAAGGCACCAUGUGAUUUGGUAAUGGAAAUAUUUGGUUCACUGAAGUCCUCCUUAAUCCUGAAGCAAAGUCCAUUUGAGCUACCAAAUGAAUAUUCAUCAGUCACCCUGUACAAAGGUCAUCCAGUGGAGGAAGAAUUUCAAGUUCUUUGUCACUGGGGAAGCCAUCAUAAGCCUGAAUGAAACUCCUGUCCAUGGCAGUAAGGUCCAGGGUUUGAGUCCUUAUAGCCAGUGACAAGAUCUCAAGAAGGAAAAAGAAAAAUCUAUAUUUUGAAGUAAAGAAAGGAGCUCUUGUGCCUCUUAAAGCUAGUCUGAAACACAAGGAUGUUGUGAACACAGCGUGCUGGAAAUCAUUUAUACAUCUACCAUGAAAUACCUGGAAGAAGGAAAGAACCUGGAUUGGAACUGCCUUAUCAGGCAUCAACAGAAUCACUUGUCACAAAUCGACGCUCACCAGUAUAAAAGAGCCAAUAAGGAAAACAGGGCUGGGUUUGGAAAGGAGAUAGAAAGCUUGCACCUCUCACAAAGUGCAGACCCCAUGGCAAAAGUCAUGUCCUCACUGAAAACUUGUGAAAAUAUAAGCAGUCAGCCAGUCAGACAGUGCCUGCUAUCAGUGCAGAACCAAAAUAAAGAAUAUUUUCCUAACUGCUGUGGGCCACUUCAUUAUGAGAGUACAGAAGUUUACCUGGAACAGAACAAAGCUCUGAGUGUGGAUUCUGGGCUGGAGAAGAUGUGGGCUGUGGUCAUGAUAUCCUGGAUAAUGAUAUCUGUCAAAGUGCUGCACCUCAGCUUUUCACACAGUGCCUUUGGACAUUGAAUAAGGAGACAGUGAUCUGCAUGUUCUCCUGGACUGGAGAAGCUCUGCCACCCCAUCCUCAGGAGCUUCCCCUCUGGGCUGUAUUUUAAGCCACUCUGGGAAGAUGAGAAAAUGAAGAUUUUUUCAUCAGCAAUGCUCAGAGUCCCAUGAAGCAUUAACAUUUGUGGGAGACAACCUGAAUUUAUGUCACGUUUUUCACCUGCAGACCACUGGUCUACAAAAUAGGGGGGGAAGUUUGGUUAGCAGAAACCUGAAUAAGGACAUGUUGUAGGACUUCUCCCAGCAACUCCACCCUCCUGCCUCAUCCUGCCUCAAAUGGAGCUUAAAAUCUGCCAGAAGAGAAAUGAGGAUCUUCACAGCCAUCCAUGGAAUGGGUAAGCUGUAGAUUUCAGAGAAAAUUAUGUUCCCUGAAGUGUGAAGGAGAAGGAGCAGUGAAGAGCUGAAGGAGAGAGGUCGGUGCUGAUUCCUUCUGCUAAGGAUGGCUCAGAAAUGGACAGUUCUGGCUGCGCUCCUUUUCUUGCCAAUCGACCUGGUUGAAGCUCACAACAGGGUGAGUGUAGAGGCUGGCCAUGAAGCUGUGCUCAGUUGCCCCAAUAUCUCCAAGGUGUCUUUGCUGCUGGUGACAUGGAAGAAGAAUUGCAGCAGUUGCUGCUUGUUGUCCUAUAGAAGUGAUCGCAAUGAGACAAGAAAGCUGAACUGCAGUGAGAGGAUCACGUGGAAAUAUUCAUCUGUCAGUGACCCUGCGCUUCGUAUUUACCCUGUGAACCUUGGGGAUGAGGGAAAUUACACCUGUGACACUGCCAACAGUGAAGGGAAUUUUCAUUUUUUCUUUUCUCUGACUGUGAUAGUGCCUCCUACGGUGACCCUGACCCACGACAAGAGCAGGGUGGCUGUCUGUCAAGCAUCUGCAGGAAAGCCAGCUGCUAACAUCUCCUGGAUCCCUGCAAGCAACCACAGCUCUGAGGAAGAAUUCCAUCACCCCAAUGGAACAGUGACCAGAGUGAGCUACUUCAACUGGGCCAACAGCUCAUUUCCCUCUGUCACCUGCCUGGUCACCCACCCAGCCAUGAACCAGACUCUGCUCAUGGACCUGACACGCACUUCCCACAUUCUUCCAUACAUCCUGAUAGGAGCAGCUGCAGGUGUCGCUGCUGUCACUGGUGUGACUUCAUGCUUGAUUUUCAGGUGCAGAGCUCGCUGGUUACGUAAAAGGGCGCAUGGCCCAGAAGAACACUUUACAAUUAAAACCUCUGAGUUCACGCCCUCACGUGUGAGAAGAGAAGCAGACAAGCCUCAUGACUUUCCAGAGAGAAUCUAUGAGAAUUACAACACAAGACGUCUUUAUGUAUGCUUACAACAGCAUAGGCACAACUAGCCAGCUCAGCUGCUAAUGAUAUUCAGCUACUUGAACUUGUACUUCAACUAUUCAGCCUCAGACCUUACCCACAAAAGCCUUUGCCUUUCCUGAGCUGAUGAUGGUGGGGCAGAAAAGCCCGUCCUAGUAAGUUGUUUUUAUCUUUCUCUAAAUAUUUGUACAGACUUCAAAAAAGUUGGAACUUUCAAGGAUUGAGUUAGGGAAAUACCUGCCUUAAUUUUGUUUGAAAGUGGACUCUAAGGUAUGUGCUGCCUUUCCUCAAAACAAUAAUUGACGUAUUUCUGUGCCAGAGAACCAGACUGCUGGUGAAAAUACAGCACUUUUCUUUCCAUUUUGGUAAUGGGAUUCUCUUUAAAGUUCUGUGUUGGAAACCAGAGAGUGACACGGGGGGACCCCAAAACACAGAAGGUCAAAGCAAUACAUCUAACAGAAAUGCAGAAAUAAGAGAGUUUUAGGUUUUUUUUGGUUCUGUUGUUUUGCUUUUUUUUCUGGGUAGAUGGUUGCACACGGCAGAUGACAUUCUAGUAUUUGACAUCUUUGUUUAUUUUUAAAUUUUUAACAUAUUUCUUUUUCAAUUAAUCUGUUUGCAUUGAUAAUUGAUGGAAAAUAAAACCAAUUUAAUAUUUUACUGGAUAUGGAAAUGAGAAACUGCAAUGGGCAAUUUUUGGAGACUCUUUAAAGUAAAUGUGCAAAUAAGCAAAUAUUCACCUAAAGGAUUUCUGUGGCUAUUUGGGUAAAUGUUUGUUGACCGGUUUCUGAGAAGUGAGAUCACAGCAUGGUUUUAAUGAGAACAGAAGUGUUAAUUUGUAUAAAACGCAGGUUGUGUGCUUGUUUAAAACAAAGGAAAAAACCCAAGCGCUACCACACCAUUUAUUUCUUCUCAUCUUCAUGUCCCCAAGCUGAAAAAACAGUCCACAGACUGGUUGUUGCUUUCAGUUUUCAUUGGUCAGGUCUGUCAGACCUUCCAAACACUAAUGCAGCAGUAACUACACUCAAAUGUGUGUUUUGAAGAGACUUUUUCUGCUGGUCCUGCAGGGUCAUCUCUGCUCCAUCAGUAUUCUUAGGCAUGAGCAUCUCCCAGUGCCUUUUAAUUGCACUUUGUCACUUCUAAUAGACAUGGAUGUCUGCUGACAUCACUCCAGUCUUUCUUUUUAGUCAGAAAGGCAUGAAGACUCUCUGCCUUAAGGAAAAGGGCCUCCAGGAGGCAGGCUGGCUACCAUGACUGGUGGGCAAGAAAAGCCUUUCCUGUGGUGUUUCAUGUCCUG